AUGGCCUCGAUUAAUGACUUGGCUACAGCGGCCAUAGCUUCAUCGGUCACCAUGAGCCCCGGAGACGGCGCAGCUCCAACGACCCCUCCCGCCGGCGUUGUCCGCGGUGCCUUAAUCGCCUUUGAAGGACUCGACCGGAGCGGCAAGACGACGCAGGUCAAGCUCUUGGAGCAGCGGUUUGUCGAGCUGGGGAAGAAGGUCAAGCUCAUGCGCUUCCCGGAUAGAACGACGCCUAUCGGACAGAUGAUCGAUGCCUACCUCAAGAGCUCAGUUGAGAUGGAAGAUCACGUUAUUCAUCUACUGUUCAGCGCCAACAGAUGGGAGGCGGUGAAAAAUAUCCAAGCCCUCCUCGCAUCAGGCACAACAGUCAUCUGCGACCGGUACUACCACUCCGGCAUCGUCUACAGCGCCGCCAAGCAGAACCCCUCGCUCAACCUUCAGUGGGCGCGCGCCCCCGAGCUGGGACUGCCGCGGCCGGACCUGGUCCUCUUCCUCGAUCUCGAGGAGUCCGACGCCAAGGAACGCGGUGGUUGGGGUGGCGAGGUGUACGAGAAGGCCGAGUUCCAGCGGCGGGUGCGGGAGCUGUUCUGGGGCCUGAGCCGUGGACAGAUCGGAGCAGACGGUGUGCUGGGCGAGCAGGGUCGCGAGGACGCCGAGUUCAAGCAGGAGAAGGAGGAUUUGGUCGUCGUCGAUGCGGGUGCGAGCGUUGAAGAGGUUGCUGAGGAGAUUUGGAGGAAGGUGGAGCCUAGGGUCGAGGGCGUUGAGAAGGGUGAAGCGGGGGAUUCCGUGAGGACCGUCUCGUGA